CACUGAGGAGAUCUGUCACUCCUCCCCAACAUUUUGCCGGAGAAUAGGAAAGGAGUAGGCUCGGUCUGCGUGCAGAGGCAGAAUUGCACCGUACUACGUCUGGGAAUAUUCGUGCACGGUGGAGAACGCGCCUCACAGCUCCUCUGCUUUGAAUAGUAGGUUUGUACAGGGUUUACUAAUACUUAUCAGUUUUAUGUUAAUCAUUUAAUAAAUGCGGUUUUUUUGAGGUGGUGGAGCCUCGCUUAACAAAUCCAACGAGUUUCAAUUCAACAGUAGCCUAACCGAAUGCUAUUCAUGGAUAAUCUUCUCCGGAACAGGAAGACUUCUAGGUGGUCAUCGCUGGGCCAACAGUCUAUUUACUGUAAGUAGUGUAUUGUACGGUGUGCGUGUGCGUGUGCGUGAAUGUGUAAGAAAGAAAGAAAGUCUUCCCUGUUCUGUGAGAACCACAUUAAGAGUAACAAUGACUGCAUAGUACAACACACCAUCAGUUUCCCAUCUUAUAAAAGUUGUACCGGAAUCUGACUUGACUCUGACCGGACUCUGACCGGACUCUGACCGGACUCUGACCGGACAUGGGCAAAGACCCUCCUACCCCGGACACCAGACUUCAAACCUCCUACCCCGGGGGCCAGACCAACCCUCCUACCCCGGGGGCCAGACUACAACCCUCCUUCUCCAGAGGCCAGACUCCAACCCUCCUAUUCCAGACUCCAACCCUCCUACUCCAGAGGCCAGACUCCAACCCUCCUAUUCCAGACUCCAACCCUCCUAUUUCAGAGGCCAGACUCCAACCCUCCUAUUCCAGACUCCAACCCUCCUACUCCAGAGGCCAGGCUCCAACCUUCCUAUUCCAGAGGCCAGACUCCAACCCUCCUACUCCAGAGGCCAGUCUCCAACCCUCCUAUUCCAGAGGCCAGACUCCAACUCUCCUACUCCAGAGGCCAGGCUCCAACCCUCCUACUCCAGAGGCCAGACUCCAACCCUCCUACUCCAGAGGCCAGGCUCCAACCCUCCUACUCCAGAGGCCAGACUCCAACCCUCCUAUUCCAGAGGCCAGACUCCAAACCUCCUACUCCAGAGGCCAGACUCCAACCCUCCUACUCCAGAGGCCAGACUCCAACCCUCCUAUUCCAGAGGCCAGACUCCAACCCUCCUAUUCCAGAGGCCAGACUCCAACCCUCCUACUCCAGAGGCCAGACUCCAACCCUCCUACUCCAGAGGCCAGACUCCAACCCUCCUAUUCCAGAGGCCAGACUCCAACCCUCCUAUUCCAGAGGCCAGACUCCAACCCUCCUAUUCCAGACUCCAACCCUCCUAUUCCAGACUCCAACCCUCCUAUUCCAGAGGCCAGACUCCAACCCUCCUAUUCCAGACUCCAACGCUCCUAUUCCAGAGGCCAGACUCCAACCCUCCUAUUCCAGACUCCAACCCUCCUAUUCCAGACUCCAACCCUCCUAUUCCAGAGGCCAGACUCCAACCCUCCUAUUCCAGACUCCAACCCUCCUACUCCAGAGGCCAGACUCCAACCCUCCUAUUCCAGAGGCCAGACUCCAACCCUCCUAUUCCAGAGGCCAGACUCCAACCCUCCUAUUCCAGACUCCAACCCUCCUACUCCAGAGGCCAGACUCCAACCCUCCUACUCCAUAGGCCAGACUCCAACCCUCCUUCUCCGGAGUUCAGGCUCCAACUCUCCUACUCCAGAGGCCAGACUCCAACCCUCCUACUCCAGAGGCCAGACUCCAACCCUCCUAAUCCGGAGUUCAGACUCCAACCCUCCUACUCCAGAGGCCAGACUCCAACCCUCCUUCUCCAGAGUUCAGACUCCAACUCUCCUACUCCAGAGGCCAGACUCCAACCCUCCUACUCCAGAGGCCAGACUCCAACCCUACUUCUCCGGAGUUCAGACUCCAUUAUCUUUUGCUCUCCAUUCCUGAUACUACAGUCCUUCCAUAGAGGCUGAGGCCAGUCCAUUUAGAUUAGAAAUGAAGAGACAGGCAGGCUUCCAUAUUGAUAAUGCCGACUGUUCCUGCUUCGUGUCUCUCCAUUGCGACUGUAUCAGUCAUGUUGAUAAAUAGUUACUGGAACUGUAUUCUAACAGGCCUUCAUAUUGAUAAUGGGCCUGGUAAUAGGAUGGAGCCCAUGUCACCGGAGAGAGCUUUUAUCUCUGUCUCCUCAAAGUGCAGCAGUAACAUGAGAACAACAGCAGGGGGAUAGAGAAUGAUGCAAUUAUGCUAAUUAGCCACUGUUAGUUUAUUAUGUUGGUGUUUUCUUUUAUAUUACCCCCCACUCUCCCUCCUUCCCUCCCUCUCUCUCCCUCCUUCCCUCCCUCUC